GAGAAACUUAGAGAUACGAUUACAAAAGAGGUCAGGUUUACACGAUGUGGCACUUUUCAAGUGGUGAGGUGAAAUUUGUAGUAAGUGUGCGAUCAGAGAAUCUUGCCUAAUUUUUGGACCCAAGGAGUAUUGAAACAAUCAUUGAAAAAGGCCACUGUCUAUCCCACGCCACCUCUCUAAAUUCUUUUCCUUUUUUCCUUUUCUUUAACUAGAAAAUAACAAGGCUGCUAGCUACUAUAUAUUAACAUGUUAGGGUUAGGUUUAUAUACCGAAGACCAAGCUUUAUUUUCUAGUAACAAUCCAUCAAAAGUUCACUUAAUUCUCCCCAUUCAUAAGCCAAAGUUCAAAUAGGGAUUUUCAAGAAUGAUGAAAAAAAGACAAGCGGUGGUGAAAAGGAUUACUGGAGGUUCAUCAACUAGGAACAUACGAUACGUUGAAUGUCAAAAGAAUCAUGCGGCUAAUAUCGGUGGCUACGCAGUUGAUGGCUGCCGUGAAUUCAUGGCAAGCGGUGAAGACGGGACGACGGCUGCCCUAACUUGUGCUGCUUGUGGCUGUCACAGGAAUUUCCACCGGAGAGAAGUGAAUGGUGGUGAAGUUGUUUCUGAGAGUUAGUGUGAUUUAUUCAGAUGAUCAUGUUUGGUCCAAGAUUAUAUAAAAAGGAUAAGGUGAGUUUAAUUUUAUGUAUCAGAGUUCUUUAUGGAUUGUGCUUGAAUAUUUGUGUAUAAUUUGAUGUACAAAAAUUGAUGAAUUCCAGAUAAAAGAAUCUUUCUUGUAACUCGAACAAGAUAUAAAAUAUAUCAGAAGAUCUUAUUUUUAAGUGUU